AUGGUCAUCAAAGGGACAACCAUCCAAUUUAAAAGCCUACAUAGCUAUAGUUCAGGAAUUGAUCUAUCAUGCAACAUUCUUGAAGGAAACAUCCCAGAAGGGAUAGGUCUUCUGAAAGGGGUUUCCAUGCUAAAUCUAUCACACAAUCGUUUAUCAGGUAGAAUCCCACAUAAAGUCGGAUACAUGACAGGUUUAGACACUUUGGAUUUGAGUUUCAACAAGCUGUCUGGAGAAAUCCCAAAGUCUUUAACAUCAAUUGACUCUCUUGGGUAUUUCAACUUAUCAAACAAUAACCUGAGUGGCAGGAUCCCUAGAGGAACUCACUUUGAUACACUGAGUUUAGACGGUUCAGCAUUUGCUGGUAACAAUCUGUUGUGUGGUUUCCCUACUCGGAAUUCUUGCAAGAGUGAACAAAACGUUGCAAAGGAUUCUGAAGAAGAUGAUCAAGAAGACGCAAGUGAAGUUGAGGACGCAAAAGAGAAGUUUUUGUUUUAUAGCAUUGUUGCUUUGGGGUUUGUAGCUGGAUUUUGGGGCCUGUUUUUCAUAUUGCUUCCAAGGAAACAAAAAUGGUGGUUUGGGUAUUGGAGGCUUGUAGAUUCAGUUGCAAUUAUAAUUGCAAGAUAUAUGCAAAGAAAUUGA